GAGAAGUAAAAACACCCCGCCUCUAGACGACUUGCAGACGGUGUUGACUGUUCUGACCGUUUACUAAAGUAGUCCGCGAGUAUCGGCGCGAGGCCAUGGCUUGCGCACUGUUCGGCUCGUCGAAAAUCGUACAGCAGCUACAGCAGGCCUCGAAAAGGUUUUACUCAGAAACUGCGUUUCCAAAAAUUACAACUCAUUAUACCGUUGUUCCAAGGGAGUCCGAUCCAAGAUGGAAAGGUAUAAAUAUGGAAAGAUUCUCAGACGAAACGGACAUCUUGAUAGUCGGUGGAGGACCUGCUGGAAUGUCUGCAGCUAUUCAUGCUCGUAAACUCGCAGAAAAGCAUGGCAAGGAGUUAAAAGUAACUUUGGUUGAAAAGGCAUCCACAAUUGGUGGUCAUAUUCUCAGCGGAGCCUGUAUAGAUCCUAUAGCAUUGAAUGAACUAAUUCCAAAUUGGAAAGAACUAGGCGCUCCUUUGAAGACGCCUGUAACUGAAGAUAAAUUUGCUAUUCUUACUGAGAAAGGCAGGAUACCAAUACCAAUCCUGAAAGGAAUGCCUAUGUACAAUCAUGGAAACUACGUCGUACGAUUAGGUCACGUAGUUUCUUGGCUUGGUGAACAGGCAGAAGCUGCAGGAGUUGAAAUUUAUCCUGGCUACGCAGCAGCUGAAAUUCUGUAUCAUGAAGAUGGAUCGGUAAAGGGGAUAGCAACAAAUGACGUUGGAAUUACUAAGGAUGGUUCUCCAAAGGAAACUUUUGAACGAGGCAUGGAGCUUCAUGCUAAGUGUACCAUUUUUGCUGAAGGUUGUCAUGGUCAUCUGACAAAGCAAAUCUCUAAAAAGUUAAAUCUAAGAGAAAAAUGUGAGCCACAGACUUAUGGCAUUGGCCUUAAGGAGAUCUGGGAAAUUGAGCCAUCAAAGCACAGACCAGGAGCAGUCGAACAUACAGCUGGCUGGCCAUUAAAUAAAAAUACUUAUGGCGGAUCAUUCUUAUAUCACUUAAACGAAGAUACACCAAUGGUUGCUGUUGGCUUUGUUAUAGGAUUGGACUAUACCAAUCCGUAUUUGCACCCAUUUAAAGAAUUCCAAAGAUUUAAACAACAUCCGUCAAUUAGACCAACAUUCGAAGGAGGAAAGAGGGUAGCAUAUGGAGCGCGAGCCUUGGUAGAAGGAGGAUUUCAAUCAAUUCCAAAACUUCAGUUCCCUGGUGGAUGUUUAAUUGGAUGCACUGCUGGUUUUCUGAAUGUACCAAAAAUUAAAGGCACUCACAAUGCAAUGAAAAGUGGCAUGUUAGCAGCUGAAAGUGUUAUUGAAGCCAUUGUUAAUGCAGAAUCUAAUGGUUCACCUACAAAGGGCUUAGAACCUAUUACGUACACAGACAAGUUUGAGAAAAGUUGGAUUUACAAAGAAUUGAAAGCUGUGAGAAAUAUUAGGCCAAGCUUUCAUACGCCUCUUGGAUUAUAUGGCGGUAUCUUGUAUUCUGGUUUUUCAAUGUUAGUGGGCGGCAGAGAACCAUGGACGUUUUCACACGGUGGUCCGGAUCACAAGAGACUCAAACCAGCUGCACAGUGCACGCCAAUUGAUUACCCGAAACCCGAUAAUGAAGUUUCCUUUGAUCUUCUAUCGUCGGUAGCUUUGACCGGAACGAAUCAUGAAAGCGACCAACCUCCACACCUCACUUUAAUGGAUGACACGGUUCCAGUCAAAAAGAACUUGGCUAUCUUUGACGGACCGGAAGGACGUUUCUGCCCUGCUGGGGUCUACGAGUUUGUACCAUUGGAAGAGGGUACUGGAGAGAGACUACAAAUCAAUGCCCAGAAUUGCAUUCAUUGCAAAACCUGUGACAUCAAGGACCCAAGUCAGAACAUUAAUUGGGUAGUUCCCGAAGGUGGAGGUGGACCGGCUUACAAUGGGAUGUAAAUUUAGGCAUAACAAUGUCAUCAAUUUGGUAGGUCAUUUGUUUUUCGGGACAAACGCUUUUGUAUGGUCCCAACUAAUCGAUGCAUUUUUUUAUGUUGUACUCAACGCAAAUUGCGAAAGAAAAAUUGCUGUGUUUGUAAUUUCAUAUUGAAAAUCGGAAUGGGACGCACAAUUGUCUUCCAUUGAAAAGAAAAAUUCAUUGAAAGAAGCGCGGUAAUGAUUACAGAUAGGAUUCUAUUGUAAUCGCGAAUAUAGUAAUUGGGUGGUCACUGAAUCGUACAAAUUUUAAUUCUGUACUAAUUAAUGCGCUUUUUGAUAAUUCUUUACUGCUGGAUAAGCCGCAGAAAAGAUAAUGCAUGCAUUUAGUAAUGCCUUGAGAAGGUUGAACAAUGAAACUGAAUUAUGUUAAAUGUAAUAUCAUAAAAAGCCGCGACAAACGUUAUUAUUUGAGGGUUACAGAACUCAAUCACCUUCAGAUGCAGAACAUGUUAUUGUUUCAAUGUAUAGGCAAUUAGAAAGAGAAGAAAUUGAUUUCCAUGAUACUGAGGUUACACUUUAAAAAGUCUGCGUGAGGGGAACCAAUGAAAGAUAGAAAUAAUUACUUGUAACAGCAGCCUGUAAACAGCCAGGAUCCAAUUUUUCUUAAUCCGUAACACAUUUUGGAAGAAAGAAAUAAUAACUCAUGAGUCGCAUGCUCACAUGAACACAUAUCCGCCUGAUAAAAGUUACAAGGGCCAGUAGAAUCUUAUAACAAUAGGAACGAAGUUGCGAAAUAACAGGGAAAUAUACAUUUAGAUUUGCUACUAUUUUUAUUAGUUAUCGGUUAAGCCAUGAGUAAACGUUUUGGUAAAGAAAUUACCACGGGCUUUUUAAGGUUGCCAAUUGUGCCCAUAAUUAUGAAAGUGGUCCAAGACAAAAUUAAAAAAAAAAAUGAGUUUAUCAGUUAUUUCACGCCAUAUUAUUUCAAACGAAAUUAAUUCAAUAUAAUUUCGAAACAAAAAAUAUAUGACUUAGACCACUUUCAUAAUUAGCACAAUUAAACGUAGCGCAAGUUUAAACCUUAAUCAAAGAAGGGAGUUUUUCUAACCAUCUCAAUGGCAUUGAUGUGGUUUCUUGUACUUGUACGUAGAAACAUGAACAUUGUCAAGAAUUGGAAUCAUGUCGAGAAGGGAAUCUCUUUUGUUAUUUCCGUUCGAUGGGGGUAACUCGCUUUGAUUUAUUAGCAAAACCCAUCGUCGAGUAAAAGGAAGGAGAAAACCCCGAGGUGCGAUAUUAGUUGAAUAGAACGUUUACUGGGUAAGUUAAAACCUUUAAUUGCAAGCAAUUCAAUGCAAGACCGUAGAGAGAGGCCGGAGCGCGACCAUUUCCAUGAAUAUACUUGCCACCCUCGAUAACGAUUUCAAAUGAAAGAGUGCAUGUGCGAGUACGGUCGUUCGAGAGAAUGCGUACAGGCACGUGCGAGCGCAAUUGUAUGACGACGUUAUUUACGAUGUGAAAUGCUCGCGUACUAAAAAUGCCUCCUUCGUUAACCUCGGGUGAAGUCGUGCCCGGAGUCAAAUUAGUUUUCGAUUUCUCAUAUUUUUUUAUACCUCUAAGAGAUAAACAUAUUUCUAAUAUGUAUCCGACAUACCGUUAACUUAAUUAUACGUUAAUAAAUGGUUGAUCUAUUUUAGUUCUCGCCCAAUAACCAGUAAUCA